AUGGCUCAUUCUCGCGAGAACAGUAGCUCCAUCGAGAGCUGGAGGCAUCUUGUGCCUUCUGAGGACGAGCGAACAGAUCCGUUUAGCGAGCUCGAAUCCCUCCGACCGGCCACAAGACUUACACACCACCGCGACUUCAGCAGCGGGGAUCACGAGCAUAGCCAUCAUGCCACCAUCGCUUCGUUGCACCAGGAUGCUUCAUCCAUACAGAGUCGACCCCCCUCUCGUAUCUCCUCGACCAUCCGCCGAGUAGUGACCCCCGUCUUUGGGAAGUCUGCCGUCAAGCGCGCGGCGACUGUCCUGGGCACGAUUCGCGAGCAUGGCGAGCACGGCACGCGUAAACGAGACGUGCUCAGGGGGCUUCUCCGUGGGAACAAGAGGAAGAGAAGCGAGAGUCCUGACGAAGAAGUGUUGAGUGGACAGUUCACAAAAGGAUUAUCUCUUGCGCAAGACGGCCAGCGAAGAAGAAUCAAUGUGUUGUUUGUGGGCGGGAAGACCGUUGGCCAAACAAGCCUAUUGUUCCGAGCUCGCUACGGCUAUUUUCCAGAUGCCAACGCCAUCACGCGAACUUGCUACGAGGUCUACGCAGCUGACAGAGCAUACAAUGACAGACCCGUCACGUUGGAGAUCUACAUGGCCUGGGACGCGGUCGUUCUGUGCUUCGACGUGGCAGACAAGAUUGGACUGUAUAGUAUCGUCAGCUGGUGGCGGUGUGCCGUGAACGAGGGCUUCACCUCCUCAAGCCGAUACCCUCCGCUGCUGCACCUUGUGGGGAUGAAAUGCGACAAGCGUAGCGUCGAGGAGGGCUUGUUUGAUACUGGCCCGGCCAAUCUGGCCGCCUUUCCCACGUGUUGCGUGGAGGUGGAAGAAGCAACAUGGCAAGCUCGACGGAUCGGGGCGGAUCGCUACCUGGAGUGCUCGGCACUGACGGGCGAGGGUGUGAAGAGUGUCGUGGAUGAGCUCGGCAGGGAAGUAGUGAGAAGAGACUCCGAGCGGGAUGAGACAAAUGGUCUUGUUGUGAAGAAGAAGAGGAGGUUGUAA